CGUCAAUUCAAGAGGGGGAAUCCUCAUAUCACUCACUCUCAUCAUCUUCGUCUCCGUCAAUUGUGAAUCUUAUCUCAACCAACUCACCUUAUCACAAAAUCUCUUACCAAACUACAACCUCUCACUAAACCACCACCACCACCAUCAAAAUGGGCGAACCAAAGAAGGGAACAAUCAAGUACCGCAACAAAGAGGGCACCCUCGACGCCUCCGCCCUUCUCUGGCGCGCCCUAACAUCCGAAAAGCCAGAGAUCAUGCGCAAAUACAUCACCAAGGACGCCGUCCUCUGCGAACCAGACCAAAAGGUGUACUCACCCCGCACCGAGCCCUCUCUGGAUGAAUACAUGGAGGACGGCUACGAGCCAUGGACGGCAUACAAGAUCCACGACGAGCCUGAGUUCGUAGAGAUCGACCUCAUGGCUUCAGCGCUCAACUACCGCGUCACUGCGUGGAAGCUCCAGAAUGGAGAGAUGUUGGCGACGGAGGCUUGGUGUCAUAGCGUCUUCAGACAGGGACCCGGAGGUGAUUGGAAGUGCUGUCUUCAUCAUAUGGCCAAGGUCUAACAAGACCUAGAGUGUUUAAGGUGUUGGGGAUUGGCGAAUUGGGUUUUUGGAGACUGUUUCUAAGCUAUGUUAAUUAACGAGGUUAACGUUAUCACAACCUACAUUACUUUCUCAACCAUGCAUCACUUAGUCAAGCGAAGUUCACGCCAAGCUUUCCCAACUUCAGCUUAACAGCGAUAACUAAUAAACAGAGUUUCUAAUUGUCAAGAUUAGCUCGCUCACCCUUGUCCGAUAGGUAAUAGUAACAACAACCGGGACCGCCUCCCGGAUGCAUUAAACUCGACGGUUGGGGAGACAGAGUUAAGUUG